AUGGCUUUCAUUGCUUGCGUCGGGAGAGUUCUCUUUGCCUCUGUUUUCAUUCUUUCUGCUUGGCAAGAGUUCAAUGAAUUUGGUACCAAUGGUGGGCCGGCAGCACAUCUUUUGGCACCUAAAUUCCAUCUUUUCUCUAAACAUGUGUCGUCUCAUACUGGGUUUCAAGUGCCACAUUUUGAGAUGAAGCAUGCAGUUGCUGCUGCUAUAUCUGUGAAAGCUUUUGGAAGCCUUCUUUUCAUCUUUGGCAGUUCUAUUGGAGCUUAUCUUCUGCUUCUGCACCAGCUCAUCAUCACCCCAGUAUUGUAUGAUUUUUACAACUAUGAUGCUGACACAAAGGAAUUUAAUCUGCUCUUUGCAAAGUUUGCUCUGAACUUGGCACUGUUUGGGGCAUUGCUUUUUUUUAUUGGCAUGAAGAACUCGAUCCCAAGGAGACAACUGAAGAAAAAGUCUCCUAAAUCAAAAACACUAUAA